AUAAACAAUAUGCCACAGUUCUUGACGAAAGUGUGUAUCUCAAUAGCACUAGUUGAAUGAAAUAUCCCAAUAUAUACUUAUUUGUAGAACACGUAUGUGUCACAGUGACAGAGAUAUAUACACGAAAUAUUCUUAUCGGUGAUAAGAUGAAAUUUCAUGCUGACGAUACGACUUGUGAAUCUGUUUGUCACUGUCUAAGAGUGAUCAUGUAAUAAGAUAUACUCUUUUCAUAUCUACUAUCAAUGUUCAGUUCACAGGUGAGAUGGCUAUUCCCAUCACCAUUCACGAGGUCAUUGCCACGUAGUGGCCAAUACUUUGUAUAGUAUAUCGGUAAUUUAUAAUAUUCAGUGAAUCUCUUUGAAUUAAAUUGCGCGAAUAAUUUUGGAAUGAAGCACAUGACAAUGAAGGUUAAAAUUCAUUUUGUAGUAGUAGCAGUACUAAUACAACAUAGCUUUCAUUGAAGUUCUUUUGUUGCGAUCGCAAAAAUAUACCUCAUAAUCCUACGUAUUAAAUAUGACAAUAAGUUCUCGGGACCAUAAAUAAAAAUAGACCGUGCAUUAGCAGUUGUAUAUAUCGGGAAAUCGUCGAUUCUGAAUCGGUGAUUCAUAAAAGUGAACCUUCAAGGCGUGUGAAUUUGCUUCAGACAUUUCAUAAUGUAUUGGAAAGUUUUGUUAGUUAUUGGACCAAAUAUUUUAUACUCUAAUCCAUGAUUAAGAAUUAUUAAUUCGGAGGUAAAAUAUUAAAUUCACAGUUUUACUUCAUAUGAAAUUAUUUGAAUGUCCAUAUGAGAGGGUGGAACUAAAAUUCGACAUGGUAGAAUAAGAAAGACACAAUUUUUUAUAGAAAAUGAACCGCGAAAGAAUUUUGUGUAGUGGUUUGCCGUGAACACUUUUGAAAAAUAAAGAGAAAUGAAAAAGACCGCCAAACAAAAGUUCUGUAUGAUGAAGAAAAAUAGUUAAAGGAAAACCAAGGUUCUUCUCGCUAAUUUUUCCACCUCAAUGUUUCUAUCAAUAUCCAUAACAUCAAUUUAAAUCUCCAUUUUCUAAACCGCGCUAAGAACCAUGGAUUUCCUUUAACUAAUAUUUUCAUCAAACAUAAUUUUUUUAGGCACUCUUUUUUCAUUUCUAUUUGUUUUCAAACAUUGUUAGGACAAACAACUAUGCAAAAGUUUUUCUUGACGCAUUAUUGGCAAAAAUUAAUUUUUGCCUUUUUCAUCUGAUUUCAUAGAUUUUGUCAAAAUAAGAAAAACAGUUUUUAUGUUUCAUGGUCUUGGUUUUUCUGAAUUGAUUUUAGAAUUAAGUUGAAUAGCGUUGAUUUUGCAUUUUAUGUCUUUAAGUGCUCGCAAUACAAUCAAAUGCUCGAUUGGUGAUACUUCAAUAUCGUACGUACGUGAAAUCUUGAAAAUGUGAAUAUGGGACCGAUGCUAUGCGCUUAUUUUCUCACCUCUUGAACUGAGAAAUAUGAAAAAUGUACCAUUGAAAAGAAAAUAGACGAUUUAACGAGCAAAACUAUGGGCAAUAUUCUAAUUCAUUAUUCCCUGCUCGAGAUAAUCAUCAAAAUUCGUUUACAAGUAGUGGAGGGGGUAUUUGUGUCGUGUAUAGAUAUCCAGUAGUACUCAGCCUAAGUCGAUGAGGUUCGCGAUGGACAUUUAGAGAAAAAAAACUUUCUUGGCUGAUGGCCAGCCGGACGUCUUAAUAAAACAUGUCUUUCUUUUGAGGAAAUUUGGCAUUGGGGAAGAAUAUAUCAGCUUUGUUAUUGUUCAACUAAAAGUUCGUCAAGUAACAUAGAGAGUACCAGUUGGGUCUGCCUAAACUAUCAUGAAGGCAAGGGGCAUUGACUGAAUAGAACGUUAGCUCUUUAGGCUGAAGAGACACCAGGCUAAGCGCGUUGUACCCCAUGAUAAGGGAAGGCGCCACAGAACAUUUGUUUGUACUUCGGCUAGAGCUGUGACGCAUUACAUGCUAGUUACAAUACUGGUGGUUUGUAGGGCGCGACAACGCAGUCGUCGUCGCGCUUCGGAAUGAGUUUCUGCUUGCGCCCGCGACGCUGUUGAGGCCCCGUCGGUAAGCCCACUGAUGGGCGCACGCUGAAGGAAUUGGUUUCAAGCAAGAUUACGCGCGAUGCUCUCCUUGAUAUAAAUAAAUGCAUUUUAUUUUAUUUCCAUCUGUAUUGUAUAAUUUUACUGGUGAUUAAUGUUUGUAAUUUACCAGCCAGAGGAGCAAGCGCUCUAGCAAGGAAAAUGGGCAGCUUAAAGGAAGGAAUAUUAUAGAAAUAUCAUCAUCGGCGUUUAACCUGCGUACAGAAGAUAACCUGCGAUUGACCACGAUUCGGUUUCCACCGACCGCAGUUUUUUCUUCAUUCAUUACUGGCUCUUCAAGUUUUUGCUAUGAAUUAUGACAAAUAUGAUUAAAAUUUAUGGCAAAUAGUGACCCCAUGCGAAUUGGCGGAGAAUCAAGGGUCAGUAGGAUCACUUGAAACAGUUCAAUGUCACGGAUCAUUAAGGAGCAGGUUACAUGUCAUGAGAGUCGGUUAGAGAAAAAUCAAACAUUGUGCGAGUAACCUGGGGAAGAGUUACAUGUCAUGGAAGUCGGUCAGGGAAGAGCCAAGGAUCUGAAGGAACACUAGGGGAAGGAUUACAUGUCAUAGAAUAGAUUGAGGGAGAGUCAAACAUCGAGAGAGUCCGUUGGAGAAGGGUUACACGUUAUGAGAAUCAUGAGUUCCCCAACCGAUUCUCAUGAGAUGUAACCUUUUCCCAGGAGACUUUCGCGACAUUUCAUUGUCCCCCGAUCGCCUUCCAUGACAUAUAACCCUCCCCAAAAAUUUCCUGACUCAAAUGGUGUAUAAAUCCGGAAAGCUGGCAACAAUGUUGUUCGGAUAUCCAUCACAGCUCGCCCAACCAGUUGACCCACCCCCUGCCAUUCGCGUGUUGCACCGACACUACGCGAAAAUUUGCGAUUGAAUCCCCGCCAUGAGUCCUGCUCAUCUCUCCUACACAUUCCGUGAGUUCACUUAAUUUUAAGACGCGUUCUGAAGCAUAAAUAACAUAGCCGCCACGGGGUUCUCCUAGAUUCCGGUGUGGAGAAGGUCGCUCGUAAAAUGACUGCGCCAUCUGAAUCCCUCGGUUCUCCCUGGUAGCCAUUUGGUGAGUGAUCCGUUCUCGUAUUAUCGACAAAAAGUGUUCCGAAACCCUGUCAACUCGGACGAUAGGGCCGGCCAACCCAAAAUUUUGUAGCCAGCUCGGAGCACAUCACCGAAAUAUCAAUUCACACAUCGGCACAAAUUAGCACAUGUCCACGAGAAAAACAUUCCGCAAAUCCGAAAUUUGAAUAGGAUACCAUUCACAGCUAAUGAAUUAAAAACUGAUCAGUUAAGUGGAACGAUUUGUUUGUGAAAAAUGAAGAAUAUUUUAAACGCUGCUUGUUGUAUCAAGUGAAUUGAAUCACAGAAGACGCGAUAACAAUCAGUGGUGGCAAACCUGUUGCAUAAUGUUUCAAUUAAUUAUCUUUUAGUGCCGGUCAAAAAUGAUAACAUUUACGAAAAAUGUUGGUAUUGUUUAAGCCGUUGGAAUGUUUUGUCAUUUUAAUAAAAUUUCAUUCCUGAACUAUGUUGGCCAAUAAUUUUUUAUGCUGCUCUUUAUUAUGUACUUUGCACAUUUCAAAAUAAUUAAGUUCUCAAUGUCACUAAUAAUCGUAGUACUACCGAAUAAGACGUGUGUAACCACGGCGCUAUUAUAAAUUCUCUACGGUGUUAUUUUAGUUCCAGAAAUCAUUAUGGUUAGUGUAUAAAGGCAAUAAUUGUUGUAUAUGUUCAAUCAAUGAUUUCGAAAUUCGUAGAAUUAUGCGCGUCUGGGUUAGCUACUCACUACUUACAGGGAACAUGUAUGUAGUAUCGGAAAUAACUAUGGAGAAGUCCCCAGUUUAAGAAUUAUAAUCUGUCCAAUAUUAUAGACAGAUGUUCUUCGUAUUUUAUUAAGAGGGACUUGGGCUAUAAGUUUAUAUAGUAGUUUUAGCGUAGGUGCUUUUUGUGGUGAAACCCCGCAAAUAGACAUAGGUUAGUACAGGAAUGCAACCCUGUACCAUAAAAGCACUUAGAGGGUCAUAUUUUGUGGGUUUAUGAGGCCCACAGAUGUGACAGGCGGAGAUCGUUGUAGCCAGCGUAGUUCAGGGAUUCUAGGACCACGUGACGCGAUUAGGGCCCCGUCCAGGGUUGAGAAGAAGGAUAGGGUCAGAGUCAUGAUUGAGGAGCGAUAGACGUUAGACGUGUUUUUAAAGAUAGACGUAGAUUUAGACAUUUUUUGUGUUGUGCAUUUAAGAGUGUGAUAGAGUGCUUAAAGAUUGUGAAGUGUGUUAAGAAUAUCGAAUAUUGUGUUAAAAUGAGUGUACACCUUUUUGCUAAAAAUAAACUGUUUUAUCUUUUUAAAGUAACCCUACAUGUAUUACCUGUCGAUUUAUUCUAAUUCGAAUUUCUUAUUGGGUUGAGUUGUCACGGAUAUAUCAGGAAUAAAUAACUGAAUUAUUACCACCCAUCCAUAUUAAAGUUGAUUAAUAGACUAUUUAUGUGUACGUUUUUUUGUGGUUAUCGUGGUUGACUGUGGAUAGAGUGUUUCGUCCUUCUUUUCUCCCGAAAUUUCGUUGACAUCACGCUACUUAGAUCUCGUGUUUUGCCAAGAGACAAAAAACUGGCUAGUGCCUAUAAAAUGUAAAUCGGGAACCACUCGUCACAAAUGAUUGACAGAUCAACCGAGCGUGAAGGGUAGACUGUGAUCUAAAUUAAACGAGAGUCUCGCCUGAGAGAUUACACAGUGUAGGAACGCGAGUUAUGCUGAUAUGUCACAAAUUUGAGGGCUUGAAACGAAUUUGAAAAGUUCUCUUCUGAGGCGAGGUGGCGUCCCGUAGGGCUUAUUUUUGUCAUUGGUGUACGGGGUAAUUGAAGCGAUAGCCGAAUAGUAUUUAAAGUCUACCCUUACUUGGAUUGUGAGGCCCAAGUAUACUGUGUUUGUACGUCAAUUUCUUCUCCGUUACUACUGCUAGCGACGAGUGACUCGAAAGCAGAGGGAUAGGAAGGUUUUAAUGAACGGGAUUUCAAUGAUGAGCCAUAAUUCACUAAAAACACACGAUAUAUUUGAUUAAUGUUUUGUUUCAAGUUCACAAAAACUGUUAAUCAUAAAAUUGAAAUAAAUUACUUCACACGUAACACACAAACUAAAAUUUACUGUGAUAACUGUUGCACAGUAGAUGUAUAUCGAAUCUCAUAAAAAACAAAAAUAAUUUUUGAAAAAAAUGCCCAAGUCCACGUUCCAAUGUAUUGUGUUUUGCACGCUUUCGUUCACUUUACUGGUUUCAAAAAAUAGUAAAAAUUUUAAAAAGCCAAGCUUGUAUAAAUACACUGCCUUAUUUACGAAGCUACCACUCUGAAUACAACGUUUAUAACAAAAUGCCUGGUAUUUGGUCGAAAAAAAAAAUGACGUAAAUGCAAGCGCAAUAGGAGGUGUCGACUAUGCGAGGGACUCCAUCACACCUUAAUUCAUGAGAGAAAGACACCUAGUCAAGCAGGUACCUCAACACAGGCCAGCACAUCGUCGGAACCAAGCACGAGCGGUCAAUUAGCAUUUUAUUAUCCUCUAUAAUAAAUAUUGCUACCUUAACCGCUGUGUUCGUUGAAAGGAGACAGCAUCAUCAAAAGCCACGGAGCAAUCAUCAAUCAGGAUCCUGUCAACAAAUCAUCGGGACCAGCAUCUUGCCAAGACAAAACACAAGGCGCAUCAUCAUCAGGGAAGAGGUCAAUGACCUCUCACAGUUAUCUCGGGGAAUCUCAAUAACCGGAAGUGUACCACAAAUUGGAAAUUCAACUCUCAAAAUAAUAUCACUCGGGUGAUCAUCGUCAAUCAGAGGAAAACAACAUCGGACAUCAUGCCCAUGUUGAAGCAAUGCAUCACGAAGAUCGACGACAAUCAGGACAGCAACAGAUCAAUCAUCACGGGGAUAAACAUCAAUUAGAACCGCAACGGGUGAACAAGAUGGACUACCUCAACGUUUUGGAAGCUCAACAAUGCAGCAGCAAGCAACCCAACUGGUCGUCUUGGCAACAGCAAGGGUUAAUGCCCUGAAUCACAACGGAUACUCACGGCCACCAAGGAUCCUCAUCGUUCACGGCUCAGAAGUGUUAUUGGUGUCUGAGCAUUUGGUCAAUCAACUACAUGUGAAACGGAGGUCAUCAUCGCUAACAAUCAUCGGCAUCAAAGAAACUCCAUCGGGAAGCACGCGUGGGGUUAUGCCAUUCGACUUACAGUAGAGACACAAUUUUACUGUACAGGUUAACGUGGAAGCAAGCAUCAUGAGCGAGCUCACGGCGAAAAUCCCGCCAUUUGUUUGCGAGACCAGGACUCCCCAGGAAUUGUGGGAACUUCAAUUGGCAGAUCGGAAAUUCUUGCAACCUGGGCCAUCGACAUCAUCAUCGGAGCUGAUAUCUGCUGAGAAAUCGUCAUGGACGGAAUCAUGAGAUAGACCAGAUUGAAACUCAUCGCCCAACAAACAUCUUUUGGUUGGGUCCUAUCGGAGCCAGUCUGUUGUACAGGCUGCUCUAAUAAGCGGUCACUGAGGGUGAUCACAGGUCAAUCAACAAUCGCUGGACUGCCUGAAAAAGCUAUAGAUUCAGGAGGAAAUACCGGAUGCUCCAUCUACAGUUGUGAGCAAGGCCGACACAGAAUGCGAGCAGCACUUUAUCGAAACUCAUCAAAGAGACUCAACAGGACGGUACAUAGGUCGCCUACCGUUGAAAUCAUCGCCAGCCGCAUUAGGGGAAACAGCCUCGAUGGCUAAGAUCCGUCUACAGAAGCUCAUCAGGCUAUUAUCAACAGAUUAUCAACUGAUCAGAUUAUCAACAGGCAGAUUAUCAACUAAUCCAGAGGCUCAUACACUCUACAGGAAAUCCAUCGAGGAGUAUGAGCCCUUGGAUCAUAUGCAACUGGCAUAAACGACGUCAGAGCCACGGUAGACAUACUACCCUGCCUAAUUAUGGAGUGCUGAGUCCGGACAGCACGACGCCAAAAUUAAGUGUCGUAUUCGACGCAUCUCAUCGAAGCUCAUCGGGAGUGUCAUUGAAUGACAUCCUUCAUUCAGGACCAAAACUGCAGACAGAGUGCUCUGACCUCCUCAACUGGCUUCGUCGGCAUCGUUGGGUAUUUGGUGCGGACAUCGAGAAAAUGUUCCACCAAAUUCGAAUCCAUCAGGAUGGGUGGGAUUACCUCCGGAUUUUUUGGAAGGACGAGGAAGGCCAACUCAUCGAAUAUCAACUAACAACGGUUACCUACGGGAACAGGUGUGCACCGUGGUUGUCUCUCCGGGCGCUAAAGCAGGUGGCAAUCGAUGAAGGCUAUCGAUUCCCUCUGGCUCUACCAACAUUCACUAAGGGGGCGAUACGUUGACAACAUUUACGGAGGUGCAGAAACCGAACGAGAAAUGGAGAAAAUUAUCAGGGAAUUAAUAAACCUCUGCAUGGCGGGCGGCAUGCCACGGCAGAAAUGGUGCAACAACGCGCCACAAGCACUCGGACGGCUUGGAAUAUCAACGGAAUCAGCUCCAACCAUCGAAUUCGGGAUAUCAACGUCCCCGACAGAUGCAGUUUUGAAUUUUCCUUCCAAUAUAACAAAAUCUUUGCUUUAUUGCUUAUUUUAACACUUCUGAGUCCUAAUCUCACCUUUGGCGAUUCAUUGCCUUCUUACAGUUUUCCUGACAGACUAAUCCCUCGCAACUGGCGUUUACGCGCCCGCUCGGCACCAGUUUGGCCAGGCCCCGAAUUUUGGGUUCUUAAUUACCUUCUUCCCUAUUCUUAGGCUCCUGACACUCACUAGUCCUCAGGAACUAAUCAAAUCAACCCUCCUCCCUCUACCUCUAGUAUUGACCAACCACGAUCUAAAUCACACUCCGUACCACCCCAUUGCCCGCUUUUUUGGAAAACUCCCACUCGCCGAAUGUUUGUCAAAAACAGUCCAGUUCUAAUUUGUUCACUAAAGUGGAAACAGGUAAUUUUUCUCCCUUCUACGCUCACACCAAGUGUAUUUAGUGCUCAGUCGAUAAAAUCCAAAUUGAAAUUGUUGGUGUUGCCAUCCAGUUUUUUCGACCAUAUAUUCGCUUCCCUCAUCCCUCAUUCGCUCAAUUCUAAUCGCAAGUGACAUAAGGAACCCAUUCGGCGUCUCACGUUUUCCCGCGUUUUAAUUUCAUCUUUAUUUAUUGAACUGGUGGAACUUACAACUCCAUUAGAAUUAUUCAUUAAUUGUUAAUUCGUUGCGAAACAACUUUGGAUCCGGAAGAAAAGGAUCCAAUCAUUCUCCCACGUCACUCACCGUUAUCAUCGCCCAUCAUCGCAGAAGCUCAUCAAAGGAGCUUCCACGGGGGAACUCAACUUACGUUGGCACACAUCCGACAGAGGUACAGGAUAAUAGGAGAACGAGCACCAGUUCGCUCACAUAUCAUAAAGUCAUCUGUGCACGUCAUCGAGUUGUGAGGACUCAACAGCUGAUUGGACAGCUGCCAUCGCGACGAGUGACACCAUCUAGAGUCUUCCUCCACUCAGGAGCCGACUUCGCCGGCCUAAUCAACAUGUUGAGGUGGAGAAGCUCAGGGGCAAGCACAACAAUGUACAAGGCGUACAUUCGUUUGUUUGUCUGUUUCGCCACAUCGGCAAAUCAUCUGAAACUGGUAACAGACCUUACCGCGGAGGGAUUCAUCGCCGCGUAUAAGAGAUUUACGUCAAGACGGGGAAUGUGCGCGACCCUGAGCAGUCACAGGGGAUUUAAUUUCAUCGAGGCAGAAAAGGAAAUCAGGCAACUCAUCGACCAGGCAUCAAGCGUAUCGGCUAUCAUAAAAAACUGGCUAGCAACAAAUGGAACGAAAUGGAGAUUUAACCCGCCCUACUUGCCACACAUGGGAGGCAAGUGGGGGGCGGCGGUUAAAUCAAGCAAAUAUCACUUGAGGACGGUUAUAAGAAAUUCGACCUUGACUUACGAGGAAUUUCCGGUUCUUCUAACUCAGGUCGAGGACAUCCUGAACUCGAGGCCACUCUGCCCGAUCAACAGUGACCCGUAAGAUGCAUCGGCACGAACACCAGGGCACUUCCUCAUCGGAGGAUCGCUGACAGCGAUCCCAGAACCAUCACUUAAGCACAUCAACAGGGAUAGGCUCAACAGGUGGCAACUCAUCACGGUGCGGUUAGGAUCUAUAUUAUAAUUAAUAAUUGUAGAAAAUAGCCAUGCCUUCAUCUCACACACGUCUCGAGGUGCCAUUCAUUCCUUCCAAUCUCCUGUUCAUUUAAUGCUAGGCGCGUCUCGGGCCGAAAACGUAUAAUAAUUUUUCUGAAAGAGUUGUAAAAACUCAAUUAACAGAAAUUCCCCGAACUGUCUCAAAUACUCGAAACUUUCGUUUUCUUUCAUAAACAUUGUCCUAAUCCACAAAAUCGUCUUGAUCGCUUCCAGAUGUGCCCACCUUUCCGGCCCUCUCACGGUCCUUCAACUGACCCUUACAAAGGCCUGGGUUUUUCAACCCCAAAGACCAAUAUUCUCUCCCUUUCAAGUUUUCGAACAAUGACUUUUCCACUCUCAUCGAUAGUUCCGUUAACCUACUCCUUCUACCCCUUCUAUCUUUGCAAUUCUCUCUCAACAACUGUUAGAAUUAAUGGAGAUCUGAUUUAUUAUUUGUAAUUGCUUUAUUAAUGUAACAAAAGGUGAACUUCAUAGCAUGUGCCAUAUCAUCCUUGACUACGCCUUUUCC